CACAGCGUGCAAACAGAUUCUAUGAGACAUGCACUGGAUCCGAUGAUUGAGGCACUGAUGGCUAAACAACUGGUAAGACAUCCUGAUAUGCAAGUGAAUAUCUCAGUUGCGUGUUGCGUUUGUGAAAUCAUGAGAAUUAUGGCACCAGAAACUCCCAGCAAUGAUGAACAGUUUAAGGAUUUCUUUGAAAUGGUUGUAAGCACAUUCGAGAAGUUAUCUUCUGUACCUGGUAGAUGCUAUGCUACGAUGACUAAAGUUCUUAAUAUAUUUAGCAAUAUCAGAUUGCCUGUACUGUUGUUGGACCCGGAGGCACACAUUCGACUAUUUAAACAGUUUCUAACUGUUGCCGACUCCAAUUCCUCUGCUAUCGUACUCAAGAUGGAGAAAAUUAUGACCAUGAUCAUAGAGGAAAGUAAGUGCCUCGCCCCAGAGCUUGUGGCUCUUCUAGUUACAAGUGUGAAAAAGGAUAAUCAGAUUGCUUCACCUGUUUGUUGGCAAUUAGGGGUUAAAAUUCUCACGAACUGUGCUGAUCAUAUCAAGCCGCAUCUUCCAAAUAUAGUACGGAAUAUGGGCAUUGAUCAUCAUGAUUAUUCUGAAAUGGUUGCUUGUAUAUGUAAUGGCAGACCAGUAAGUGAAGCUAUGCAGGUUGCAGAAGUUGGCAAUUCUUUAGGAGAAACUAUUCCAUUACAAAAGGUAAAACUUGAGGAUCUAGAGGAAGGAAUCAUAAAUAUGAAUGUGCACUGUCAACUUGGAACAACAGACACUGUAAGCCCGCAAGGGAUUCACUCUGGAGAUAAAGAGAACCAUGAAAAGGGAACACUUCCGCUUUCUGAUGACCCACCAGUUCCAUCCAAAUCUGUACCACAGGGGAAGCGAAAACGCAAAAGAAAUAGCACUCAGUUGAAGCAAAAGGCAAUUCCUGAAAAUGUUUCAUCUCCUAAAUCUGGAAUGUGUUGUGUUCACGGCUACAAGAUAAGGAGCAGCCUUGCACCAACUCUUACAGCCAUAUUGACAAAAUACGGCGACAUUGCAGCUGAAUGUAUAUUCCAAACAUUAUCUGUGAGAUCAUCUUUCCUCAAGGUUGUUUGUAAAGUUGUCAAGCAAAUUCAAACUAGUAAUGUCACCACAAUAAUUACUAAGCUGGAAGAAAUAGAGAGACAUGUGUCGGAUGCAGAGGCCGCAAACAUUAAUGUGUCGUGGCUUUGGGCUCACUUGGCACCUCUUCAGAAAAGGAAGAAGGCCAUGAAAAAGCUUAUGGAAAUUAAAUCAAAGACUGCGUUGGUUAAAAAAUCCGCUCAAGUGGAUGAAAAAGAAAGAUAUGCAAAGUUCCUAGUUGCACAAGAACGAUUCAUAAAGGCUCAAAGGUGUGCGAAAGUUCUUGAUCUUGUUGAAACGAAGCUAAAUGACUCCGUCUUGGAACAUAAAGCUGGAGCUGAUUCAUGGUUAAAACAGCCCAUUAUAUAGGCUGAUCAAAUCAUUAUUUUAGAUUCACCACAAUUUUGGGGAAGAGGUGAAAUUCUAUCUUUCAUUAAAGAAAAAAGGUUAGUUUUUAUUCAUACAGCCAUUCCAAAUUCGCUGGGAUUUGAUUUUUCGACAUUCAUCUUUUGACAUGAUUAUGAAUCAAGGUUUUCUA